AUCAUAUAACCAACUGUUCGACGAAAGGCCUCACUGAGAAAUAUGUUGUAAUUGCAGGCUGUUUUCCAUGGUGAAGUUAACAGAUACCCAGAAGUUCCUGAAGAAAAUAGGGCUGGGAAAGGAGGAUUACCACUUCUGGAAGCAGAUAGGCAAAGCCCUCCUCUCGACCUACGCACUGUUUGGUGUGGCUUGGUUGUAUAACGAGACAUCGCCACUGGGUUGGUGGACGCUCAAGCCUCGGCCAAAGGAAGAGAAAGAGAUGGCCAACCUCUACGAGCGUCGAAGGUUUCCAUAUCCCGGUGACGAAGAGGCUGUGGAGGAGUUCAUUAAGAGUGGGGGCACCAUGGGUACCACCAUCGGUCCCAAAGGAAUGAUCGAGUCUGACGCGGAAUCCGAUCAUUUCCAGAAGAAGUUACAGUCGAAGAAGUUCGAGCAAGAAUCUCAGAAGCUAUGGCUGAGGAUGAGGAACGAGGUCAUAUCGGAACUCCAAGAGAAAGGGUAUGACCUUGAGUGAUGAUGAUCGUCUCCGCCUUGCAAAUGCAUCAUAAUAAAGCUCGCUCUUCUCUUCCUAUUUUGGGUGUCCAAGUUUUCCGUUUGGCGCUAAUUUCACAC